AUGAAAGAAAAAUAUAAAAAAGUAGAAUAUGCAAAAAGUGAUGUUGAAAUAAAGGAGAUUGAAAAAGAUGAUGUAAAUGUUACAUUUGUGAAUAAUUUAUUAACAAGUAUAAAUUAUAUAAAUAAUGCAAUAUUUUAUAAAGACAAUAGGUAUAUAUUGCGGAUGUUAAAAUAUAUAAAAAGUAUGAGGUUAAGUAUAAAAAGCGAUAGUCAUACAUUAAUGCCAAUGAUAAUAAACUUGAUUAACAAAAUAUUUAAAGAAACACAUCCUAUAUAUAUGAUAUUAAAUAAGUAUAUAAAUGAGUUUAAAGAAUUGCAUAAAGAAAUAAAUGAAUUUUCAAACAUUAAUGAUAAAACAUAUAGUAAUUCAUUACCAGAAAUAGAGGUUUUUUUUUAUAUAAUGAUAUUAUUAUAUUUGUUAGAUAAAAAAUUUUAUGAAGAAGCGAUGAACUUAUCAACAGUUAUUGUAAAUAGGAUAAAUAAAUUAAAUAGAAGAUCUUUAGAUUAUAUAAAUGCAAAAGUUUAUUUUUAUUAUUCAUGGGUUCAUGAAUUAGGAGGAAAAUUAUCAGAAGUAAGGCAAAAACUUUUAUAUAUAUACAGAAAUGCAUGUUUGCAUCGUGAUGUUAUGACUCAAACUGUUGUAUUAAAUUUAAUUUUGAGAGAUUAUAUUAAACAUAAUUUAUAUGAUUUAGCAGUUAAAUUUAUAAGUAAAACUUCUUUUCCUGAAAAUUUAUCAUCUAAUGCUCAAUAUGCUAGAUAUUUAUAUUAUAUUGGGAAAAUUUUAGCAAUUCAAUUAGAUUAUAGUGAAGCUCAUAGUAAGUUAAUUCAAGCUAUUAGAAAAGCACCUCAGAAUAGUCAAAGUGCAAAAGGAUUUAAACUUGCAGCUACAAAAAUGGAUAUUGUUGUUGAAUUGCUUAUGGGUGAUAUACCUGAUAGAUCAUUAUUCAGCAACAAGUAUAUGAGAAAAAAAUUAAUCCCAUAUAAACAUGUUGUAUUAGCUGUUAGAAAUGGUGAUAUAAAUAAGUUUUCUAAAGUUAUGGGCGAUUAUAAUGAAUUAUUUAUACAUGAUGGAGUUUACCUUUUAAUUAAAAGAAUUCAUCAUAAUGUAAUAAAAACUGCAUUAAGGAUAAUUAAUUUAUCUUAUUCUAGAAUAUCCAUUAAAGAUAUAGGUAAAAAAAUAGGAGUAGAAUCUUCAUUAGAUGUAGAAGGAAUUACAGCUAAAGCAAUUCACGAUGGAGUUAUUGAAGCAACAAUUGAUUAUGAAAAUCAAUAUCUUGAAUCUAAAUCAAACAGUGAUAUUUAUAUAACAGGAGAACCAAUGAAAACAUUUCAUAAAAGAAUAGCCUUUUGCUUACAAUUAUAUUCUGAUGCUAUUAAGGCAAUGCAAUAUCCUGAUGAAAAUGAAAAAAAAGAGAAUGAGGAAGCAAAAGAAAGAAAAAUUAGACAACAAGAAGAGUUGGCUCAAGCUGAAGAAGGAGAUUUAGGGGAUGAUAAUGAUUUGUUAUGA